UGUCACACUUUUGUGCCACCUGUCAAAAAGAAAAAAGAAUUUUAAUAUACGUAAAAUCUCUCUUUCGCAAUGGCGCCGUUUAAUAAAUGUUCAUGUUGCCAAGUGAGGACCAGGAAAGUAAUCAGGGAUCGAGCAACCAAGAAGAACAUUUAUGUUUGCCCGGCAUGUUUUAAGUCCAAGAAAUACCUAGCAAACAGUAAUAAAAAGAAGGUUCAACAUGAGGAGGAGAUAGCUUUUGAGAAUGUUGACGAGAAGAACUCGCAGGACGAUGUGCCGGAAAAUCAAGAAAACGAGGUUAUAAACGAACUUGAGAAACCCCUGGAAAAGAAGGGAAAGCUAACUGAAUCCCAAAAGAAGAAGGAGAACAAGACCCCGAAGAACGCGCAAGAGACUUCGCUGAACGAUUUGAUUGAAGAAGUGCCACAAACUUCCACAUCCGCAAAUUCCAAUGGGCCACCCAAAAUCACACCUCCAAUGAUGGAAAUCGUGGUUAUGAACAACCGCAAAUAUAUUGCCGUCAGUGAAACAGCAGAUGCAUGCAACGAAUAAGUGAACACUGAUUAACCUUGUUGCCACGCAUGCGCAUUUGCAUAAUCGCCGAGCUGAGAGACUGGUGGCAACUAAACACAAAUACACUUCGCAUACAUACAUAUAUUAACUGUAUAAAACUUGUAACAUCGAUAUUAUCAUGCUUUCUGUAUUUUACUUUUGAUCUUUGGGACUUAUGAUAAGCCGUAUACAUGUUUUUAUUUAAUUAAAACA